ACGCGACUCACUCACACACACCAAAACAAAACAACCUUAUUUUCACAUUCCAACCUUAAUAAUACAACACCUUUUUGUGUUUUUGUCUUUGUUUUUUUCUUCUUGAAUUCUACACAAAAUUUCUUGAUGGCAAAAGUGCAAGAGAUUCAUCAUAAUGGGGUGAACUUAUCAACCCAAAGAGGUUUUGUGACAAAAUUGAAAUCUGGGUUCAAAGAAGCACUUUUCCCUGAUGAUCCUUUUAGGCAAAUUAUGGAAGAGGAAAAAAAAUCUCGUAGGUUGAUUAAAGGGGUGCAAUAUUUUAUUCCAAUCUUUGAGUGGUUACCAAAUUAUUCUUUGAGAUUAUUUUUCUCUGACUUAAUUGCUGGUCUCACCAUUGCUAGUCUUGCCAUUCCUCAAGGCAUUAGUUAUGCCAAACUUGCUAAUCUUCCUCCUCUCAUUGGCCUUUAUUCAAGCUUUGUGCCACCAUUAGUGUAUGCUGUUUUUGGGAGUUCUAGGCACAUGGCAGUUGGGACAAUAGCAGCAGCAUCAUUGCUUAUUGCUAGCAUAGUAUCAACUGUAGCAGACCCUAUAGCAGAACCAACAUUGUAUCUUCACUUGAUUUUCACAACAACCUUUAUCACUGGUGUUUUCCAGGCUUGUUUAGGUUUUUUCAGGCUUGGGAUAUUGGUUGAUUUCUUUUCCCAUUCUACCAUCACUGGCUUUAUGGGAGGGACAGCAGUGAUUCUCAUCCUCCAACAAUUCAAGGGUAUUUUUGGAAUGAAACAUUUUUCAACCAAAACCAACGUUGUAGCAGUGCUAGAGGGCAUCUUUAGCAAUAGACAUGAGAUAAGAUGGGAAACUACAGUUCUUGGAAUAAUCUUCCUUGUUUUCUUGCAAUUUACAAGGCACUUGAGGCUUAAAAAACCAAAACUCUUUUGGGUAUCUGCUAUAGCUCCAAUAACAUGUGUAGUAGUUGGUGGAGUUUUUACAUACCUUGUGAAAGGUACACAACAUGGAAUUCAAAUUGUGGGGCAUCUAGACAAAGGACUAAAUCCUAUAUCAAUUCAAUUUCUGACCUUUGAUAGAAGAUAUUUAUCCACAGUAAUGAAAGCUGGCCUAAUCAGUGGAGUAUUAUCAUUAGCGGAAGGAAUAGCCAUAGGAAGAAGCUUUUCUGUAACUGCUAAUACACCUCAUGAUGGGAACAAAGAGAUGAUAGCUUUUGGACUUAUGAACUUGUUUGGUUCUUUCACAUCAUGUUACUUAACUAGUGGACCAUUUUCCAAGACGGCUGUGAAUUACAAUGCAGGAUGUAAAUCUGCAAUGACAAAUGUGGUUCAAGCAGUAAUAAUGGCUCUAACACUACAAUUUUUGGCACCAUUAUUUAGCAACACACCACUUGUUGCUCUAUCAGCUAUCAUUGUAUCAGCCAUGUUAGGGUUGAUAAACUAUACAGAAGCUAUUCAUCUCUUUAAAGUUGAUAAGUUUGAUUUUAUUAUCUGCAUGAGUGCAUUCUUGGGUGUGGCCUUUUUAAGCAUGGAUAUUGGCCUCAUGCUCUCUGUUGGACUAGGUGUACUUAGAGGACUAUUAUAUUUAGCAAGACCACCAGCAUGCAAGCUUGGAAAGUUACCUGAUUCUGGCUUAUAUAGAGAUGUUGAGCAAUAUUCUAAUGCUUCAACAAUUCCAGGAGUUCUAAUUAUACAAGUUGGUUCUCCUAUAUACUUUUCAAAUUCUACAUACCUUAAAGAAAGGAUUUUGAGGUAUAUUAAAAGUGAACAAAGCAGUUCUGGAGAUAUGGUUGAGCAUGUCAUACUCGUUUUAACAGCUGUGUCAUCUAUUGACACAACUGCUAUUGAAGGAUUAUUGGAAACACAGAAAAUAUUGGAAAUGAAAGGAAUUCAGGUUGGAGGUUAUGGAGAAGCUAAUAGCAUCAAAGUUUGUUGAAAAAGUUGGGAAGGAAUCAUUCUAUCUAAAUUUGGAAGAUGCAGUUUUGGCAUGUCAAUAUUCACUUAGAACAUCGAAGCCAAACAAUAAUGAAGACACUGUUUAAUAAGAAACUAUAUACUGUCAUAUUCAAGUACAUUAAUAAACCAAAACUAGGUUGUACACACUUUGGUUGUUAUUAUCUUUUGUAUCAAUGUUGUAUAACGCUACAUUUUAUGGAAUUGAGAAUGUGUUUGCCAAAAUUACUUCUCUUCUCCUCAUACUUGAAGCAUAUGGCAAGAUUCAUAGUGUUUUUUUUUCAUUA